AAAACACAGAUGUCGCUGCCGACAUAAACUAACCUCAAAAUGUCGUUGUGAUGUUUUUCUUGCGUAUUUUCGUCCCAAAUCGAUAAAAAAUGGCAAAUAGAACGGUAAAAGAUGCGAAAUCGGUGCACGGGACGAACCCGCAGUAUCUCGUGGAAAAAAUCAUCAGAUCCCGCAUAUACGAUUCGAAAUACUGGAAAGAGGAGUGUUUUGCUCUUACGGCUGAAUUGUUGGUGGAUAAAGCGAUGGAGUUGAGGUUUAUCGGCGGGGUUUACGGCGGCAACAUCAAGCCGACGCCGUUCUUGUGCCUGAUACUGAAAAUGCUGCAAAUUCAGCCCGAGAAGGAUAUCGUAGUGGAGUUCAUUAAGAACGAGGAGUUCAAGUAUGUGAGGGCUUUGGGUGCCUAUUACAUGCGUUUGACGGGGUCGUCUUUGGAUUGCUACAAGUACUUGGAGCCGUUGUACAACGAUAACAGAAAGCUGCGCAGGCAAAACAGGAGUGCUCAGUUCGAAUUGGUUCAUAUGGACGAGUUUAUCGAUGAGCUACUAAGGGAUGAGAGGGUUUGCGAUGUUAUUCUGCCGAGAGUCCAAAAACGCCAUCUAUUGGAAGAAAACAAUGAAUUGGAAGCCAAAGUUUCAGCUUUGGAGGAUGACUUUGAUGAUGAAGUUGAACUGGAGGACGAAUCAAAAUACCAAGUUGAAUUGGAGGUGACUAAAGAGAAGGAGAAGAAGGAGAGGAAAAGGGAUAGAAGCAGGUCGAGGGAGAGGCAUAGGAGUAGGGAUAGGCACAAGAAGGAGAAAGAAAGGGAGAGAGGGGAUAGAGGGGAAAGAGAAAGGGACAAAGAUAGGGAGAGAGAUAAGGAAAGGGAGAGGGAAAGCAGGAGGGAUAGGGAUAAGGACAAGGAUAGAAGGGAUAAGGAUAAAGGUAGGGAUGGAGAAAGAGAUAGAGACAGAAGGGACAAAAGGAGGGAUGACGACAGAAAAAGGAGAUGAUUUUUAGAUUAAGCAUCAAGUUUUAAUCCAAU